AAAAAAAAAAAAAAAGGUAUAAUGUGGUGAUUUUUAUAAUGUAUAAUCUGACCAAUCAGUUGUCAUAAACUAUACUGGAGUGAAGUGAUUUGAAAAACAAGCUGAUUAAGCAACACCUGCCUGAAAUUGUGUUUCUGAAUGACAAAAAAUAAUAAAUUAUUAUUUUGCUUAAAAAAUUUACAUAAAUAAUUGAUACAAUUUCUCAAAAACUUUGAAAUACUUUUAAAAACUAUAGAAAAAAACUUUAAAAAAAAAUAGAAUAAAUUUGAGUGAGUGAAUGGAUAGAAGUAAAGUGAAACCCAAAGCCGGUGUUUGAUUACAUUCCUGUUACGCGGAUCCGCUAAAUGACAGUUUGCUGGUAAACGAUGAACGAGGUAGAUGAAAAUGAGAUCAAUGAGGCGUUUCAGGAGCCGAAGAAAAAAUUUUGGCAGAGAUCCUCAAGAAAGAGGACCAAGAGUGAUGUAAUCAGUGUGAGUUCAAUGGACAUUUCUCUAGAUUCAACAAUUAUCAAGAGGAAAAAAAGACGGAGGAUUACCGAGUUGGCCAGCAAUUUUUUAGCUGCGUCGACUACUGGUCGGCUGAGCAAUGUGCUUCAGCGGUCUUUUGGGUUUCACAGUAAUACUUCUGUGGGUAUGAUUGACGAGGACGGCGAGUCUGGACCUAGUAAUAGAACGCGCAGUAAAUGCGAGCAAGUAGGAAGCGUAGUGAUGAACAGUUGGGUGACAGAUGUAUCAAAAUACCCACCUGAGAAAUUAACUUCAAGUAUGAGCAGAAAUGACAUUAAAAGACAGGAAGCUAUUUACGAGCUUUACUGCGGAGAAAACGUGCUCCUAAAUGACCUCCAGGAGCUCAAAGAGUCCUACCUGGAGCCCUUGCAGUCGACGGACAUCUUCACACCCAGUGAACUGCGCACAUUAUUCGGCGACAUCGACAUGCUGAUCCACGUGCACAGCAAACUCCGGGACGACUUAAUAGAACUGCGAGACACGUCGGGGUUCACCAAUACAAUUGGCCCGACGAUACUCGAGUGGUUAUCAACGCUCACAGAGCCCUACAUCGAGAGGUGCAGGUCCCAGAUAAUGGCGAGGCAUCUGCUGGAGACAAAGCGGACGCGGAGUAAAAAAUUCCAGGAGUUUCUUAAAAAAAAAAUGGAAUCACCGCGGGCAGUUGAUUUGUGGACGUACUUAGACGUGGCUCGGUCUCGUAUAGUUAAAUAUCCGCUGCUGAUAAAAGAAAUAGUGAGACGAACCCCGUCGACGCACGAGGACUACUUGAUGCUCAAGGAAGCCAGUAUUAUAUUCACAGAGAUGUUGGAGAAAAUAGACCAGGCGAUGGGAGACGCAGAGUGCGAGCUAGCUCGGAUGAAAAUCAUCUCCAAGACUGAGUACGACCCAGAAGGAUUGAUAAAAACCGCGAGGGAGCUCAUCACUGAAGGACAGCUCAAAGAUCCUCGCGGAUUGAAGCUUCAUUGCUUUUUAUUCGACAACUGCUUCGUAGUCACUCGGCCGGUCAUCAAGUCCAGGUCGAAGAACUACGAUCUACAUUGUCCUGUCAUUCCCAAGGAUCAGCUGCUUACAGAAUCUUCGGAUGUUGAUGAGGAUAGUUGCUUGAAAGUUGGAGAUCGCACUUUGAUCGUGAGAGACGAGCAUGAUAAAAAACACUGGAUUGAUGCCUUUAAGAAGGCUAAGUGUGUUACUAAAAAAGUUAAGAAAAAUUCUAUGGACAGCGGUGAUAAAUCUUCUGAGGAAUCCUCGAGGGUGUUACGUGACAAACAGUUUCUCAAGCGAAGUACUCGUGAACGGCCGAUUUGAAAUUUAUUUAUUAGGGAUGAUAAGGUAUGAGAAAAUUGGGAAUUUUAGUUUUUAACUGAAGUCUAGUUGUUUGACACUUU